ACUAAAGCCCAUUUCCCGUCAUGCUCCGCGCAGUUUCCGGUGUGGCUGCCGGAUCCCGGGCCUGACAGCCGGAGCUGGGGAUGUGGGGGUGCCGGUGAGAGAGCGGAGGGCGAUGGAAGAGGAGGAUGAGGAGAAUAUGGAGCAAGACCCCAACCAUAACCACUGGCCGGAGCUGCCCAACCCCCCCGCCGCCUCCUCUGGGUACGGAGCCGGCACCAAGCGCUGUGACAGCGGCCCCAGCAAAGCCCUGCUCGGCCUGAGCGGCAGCAGCACCUCCAAGUUCCUUAUGAACGUUAUCACAGUGGAGGAUUACAGGAACACGUACUGGCCCAAACUGGAGAGUGCCAUCGAUCAACUACUAACCCAGAGUCCGGGCGACUAUAUCCCUAUAUCCUACGAGCAAAUCUACAGCUGUGUGUAUAAGUGUGUGUGCCAGCAACACUCGGAGCAGAUGUACAGCGACUUGAUACAUAAGAUUACCAGCCACUUAGAGAGCGUCUCCCAGGAGCUACAGGCCAGUUCUCCUGCUCAUUAUAUUGAGAGGUUUAACCUUGCCCUGGCCCAGUACAUGGGGGCGCUGCACAGCAUUGUCCCCCUCUUCAUCUACAUGAACAAGUUUUACAUAGAAACCAAGCUGAACAGAGACCUGAGAGACGACCUAAUACAGCUCUUUACGGACCAUGUGGCAGAAAAGCACAUUUAUAACCUCAUGCCCUUAUUACUAGAAGCGCAGUCGACUCCCUUUCAAAUCACACCCUCCACCAUGGCGAGCAUCGUGAAAGGCCUGUACACCCUGAGGCCAGAGUGGGUCCAGCUGGCACCGACGCUCUUUUCUAAGUUCAUCCCCAACAUCCUGCCCCCCGCGGUGGAAUCGGAAUUGCAAGACUAUGCUGCUCAGGACCAGAAGUUACAGAGGGAACUGGCUCAGAAUGGCUUCACCAGAGGGGACCAGUCACGGAAACGAGCCGGAGAUGAACUGACGUACAAUGGCUCCUCCUCCUGCGGCGGUGGCUCCCAAGGGUACAGAUAAGGCGACUGGCGCUUGCUGGCUGGACUCUUUACAUCCGCCUCCAGGACUGUUGCACCUCCGGCACGGCCUUCAGCAGACUGGGCCUCACUGAGUGGUUCCUCCGCCUCAUCCAGACCUCGCGUCCCUCCUGCCAAACUCCGGCCCGAUGUGAACCCGUGCGUUACAGGAGAGUGCCCUCUUGUAUUUUUGUCUUUUUUUGUUUUUUUUUAAAUGAAACUUGAACUGUUGCUGCUAAAGACAGGGGGGCGGGGUUACAGAAAUGACUGCAAGAAUUAUCAUCAGCAUUUUGAUCCUCGCGCCCUCCUGUCCCCCGGGCAUUGCUCCCUGCAUAAACUCAAACAGGAAGGACUAUCUGUAAGCUACGGAUAUAUAUAUACACACACACGUUUAUAUAUAUAUAUAAUAUACAGCCCGCUGCCUGCUCCCUGCAGGGGAACCUUUGCCGCACCUUCCAUCUUUUGCCCAUCAAGUUCUCUGUGCAUGUUUGAUGCCAUUACCCCCCCCCCAAGCCCAUCGUAGACCUUAGUUUUAGCCACUCCACUUCCUGUGGGAACCCUAUCAUGCUCAACCAGUGGAAAGGGGGCAACUUCUGGUUGGUUCCUUUGUUGCUCCUCCUUCUUUGUGAACCAAUUGUAACAGGAAAAGGGGCUGUUUGUGGCUUUGCCACCAUCACAACUGCAUGAUGUCCCCCCCCUCCUGUUCAGCGACGCCCAUCCAGGCCUCCUUUCUAAGGCCUGCGCCCCCCAUUUUUAUGAAGUCUGACGGGCUGUUUAUUUUUAUUUAACCAAUAUCUUUGCUUGGCUUCAACUUUACGGACCAAAUCUAACCGCCCCCCCUCCAAAUGUUUUUACAUGAUUGUUUAGAGAGAAGGGAUUGGGCAACCUGUUGCCCCCUAGAGGUUGUUGAACUACAGUGCCCAGCGUCGGCCAUCAGUCUUUGGUAAAGCCAGGGGCAUGCUGGGAGUUGUAGUUUUAGCUCAGGGUGGCAAGUUGCCCUUGUGCAGUUUAGAGCCACAAGCUCAGUGUAGGGGUUUCCUGCGCAGAUGAUAAUCGGGGGGGCUUUGUGGCCCAUUCCAUAAGUGCAGGUCAUAGUAAAGCAGUAUAUGGCAAAUGGCUAAAUAAAGAGAUGUAGAUUUGUUACUAUGGUUACGGGUCGAUGUUAGAGGAACGUGUAAAUACCGAGUCACCCUAUAAACCACACGACCGCUAACGAUAGAAUGCAGCCCCUAGAAACUGUUAGAUUGGGAUGGAGAGGGCAAAAGUGUCUCAUCCAAUCGAAUUGUACCGUGCAGUCUCUAACUUUGCUCUGUUUUUCACAUUGAAAAAGAACAGGUUGGUAUUAUCACUGAUA